CCCACUCACCACCAGCACAGAGGAGCCAAGUAUUCCAUCUUCUCAUCUGCCUAGCCAGAGAAAGGAGAGGGAGAAAAAAAUGGCAUUCAAGGUGUUGAUUUCUUCUCUUUUCAUUUCAAUGGUGCUCAUCCAGUGUGCCUCCGCUUGCCCUUCUUGUGGUGAACCAUACAAGCCACCUACGCCCAAGCCACCAGUGUACAAGCCGCCGGUGCACCCUCACUACCCGGCGAACCCACAUUGCCCGGUCGACGGGUUCAAGCUUGACGCUUGCUUCAACUUGCUGCAUGGGCUCCUGAACGUUGUGCUCGGCCGCCCACCAAGUGGGUCCGAGUGCUGCCCCGUCAUCGCCGGCUUGGUCGACUUCGAGGCCGCUGCUUGCCUCUGCAAUGUGGUCAAGGCUGACAUCUUGGGUGUUCAUCUCGAAUUCGAGAAGAAGUUCGCCUUGCUGGUUAACACCUGUGGAUGCUCCAUCCCCAAAGGCUACAAAUGUGCCUAGACCAACGACGUUUACGCUUUUCUUCUUCUUCUUCUCCAGUAUUCUUGUUAUUCUACUUUCUAUAUUUUUGAUUCUGCUGUUUGAUUCUAGUGUUUGGUGCUCUACGGUGUGUGUGGUUGGAGUUCCAAUAAGCUGCUUACAUGCAGUCAGUGCAAGCAGUUGUCCUUUUCGUUGUGUUGGUCCAAUACUAUGUCCCUGCGCCUUUACCUGUUGAUGAGCAGGUGCUGAGAAGAGCAGAAAAAAAAAAAAAAAAGAGAAGGAACUUGAGUUAGCAACAUCUGGUCAUGUCAUGGUGGUCUCAGCUUUUACCAGAUGAAAUAGGUCCUGCCAGCCAUGAGGAAGAAGCAAGCUUUCUGGUGGAUCAGAGGACGUAGGUGCAGUAAGUCGUCGUCCAUCAUGUUGCUUUUGCAUUAUUAUUUCAAAGUCGAGUGCAAUUCUUUGUUGCCAAGUGUGAUCAUGUCAUGGUAUAAGAAAUGUUUGAUUUUCUCA